AUGUUAAAGAGCCGUCAGGUGUCUGAUGGACCUCGCUUCUGUUUAAAAGUGGACUGCGCGGCCCUCUCGGGGCUCUCAGGUCACAGCCGCAUCAUGGACGGGAGCAGAGUGACGGACUUCAGCAUCGAGCGCAUCCUUUCCCCGCAGCUCGGACUCAGGCCGUCGGGCAUGGACUUCUCCCCGGGCGGGUAUCUCCAAGGGAUCCCCGAACUCAGGCCUCCUCCGCCGGUGCUGUUGCCGGUGCCGGGCUGUCUGCAGUACCGAGAGAUGAGUCUCCGCGAUGCGUUUGCCCCGUAUAGAGCCGGCUUCCAUCACACUGACCUCUCCGGUGUGUAUUCAAACCCCGGAGUGUACGUGCACUUCAGCAGCCACGGCCCUGCAGAUGCUCAGCAGUUGUCCGGUUACCAGCGGGUUGGGUUGUCCGCGCAGCCGCAGACGCGUCAGAAGGCCCGGUCGAGGACGGUGUUCACCGACAGCCAAACCAAGCGCCUCGAGUCGCUGUUCGAGCUCACCGCCUACCCGACGAUGGAUGCGCGCGCAGAGCUGGCGAGGAGCAGCGGGCUGAACGAGGAGAUCGUCCGGGUGUGGUUUAAGAACCGCAGAGCCAGGAGGAAGCGCCAGCGCAGCGGGUCAAAGGUCAAAACGACCUCCCCUUCCCGAAGCGCUGGUGCAGAGAAGAAGUUCUUCACCUCGUUUCUCUGA